AUGGCCGACGUCCAAGCAAAACUGCAAAGCCUCUCUGAACAGUUUACCAAGCUUCAACAAGACCUUCAAGAUGCCGUACAGUCACGGCAAAAGCUUGAGGCUCAGAAGCAGGAGAAUCUCGGCGUGCAAAAGGAAUUUGCCAAACUGAAGGAGGGCGAGACUAUCUACAAACUUAUCGGCCCCGUUCUGCUCAAGCAAGACCAGGCUGAUGCAGAGAGUACUGUGAACGGCCGGCUGGAGUUCAUUAAUAAAGAAAUAUCCCGACUGGAAACACGCAUCAAGGAGGCUCAAGGGGAGAUUGAGAGGAAGAAGGGUGAGAUUAUACAGGUUCAAGCUAGUGCCCAAGCCGGGGGAGCACCGGCCGUCAAGGCCUGA